AUGGCCCUGGACGAGAAGCGGGAGAAGAGCGCGUCCUUCACCCCCAUGAUGAUCGAGGAGGACGCCGCCCUGCGGAACGGCAGCAGGGGGCUCUCGGGCCAGUGGGCGGACGCGGUGGGGGUGAGACCCCGCACCACGGAGCGGCACAUCACGGUGCACAAGCGUCUGGUGCUGGGCUUCGCCAUCUCCAUCCUGGCGCUGCUGGUGGUGACCAUGAUCGCGGUGCUGCUCAGCGUGCGCUUCGAGGAGUGCAGCACGGCGGCCGCCGCAGACAGCCCGGCCCGGGCGAGCGGCAACGGGAGCCUCCCCGGGGCUGCCCGGCUCAACCACGACGCUGGGGAGCCUCCCGGCCGCCAGGAGGAGGCGCCGGGCGAGGAGGAGGAGUGGCAGCGGCGACGGCAGCCGCCGCCCUGGACCCAGUUGCGCUUGCCCCGGCACCUGAGACCCCUGCACUACAACCUGAUGCUCAGCGCCUUCAUGGAGAACUUCACCUUCUGCGGGGAGGUGAACGUGCAGAUCGAGUGCCUGAACGCCAGCCGCUACAUCGUGCUCCACGCCCACCGCGUGCACAUCGAGGCCGUCCAGGUAGCCGAGGACAAGCUCUCCGGCGCCGUGCGCGUCUCCAGCUUCUUCCUCUACCCGCAGAACCAAGUCUUCGUGGUGGUCCUCAACCGCAGCCUGGAAGCGCAGAGAAGUUACAACCUCAAGAUCAUCUACAGCGCCCUGAUCGAGAACGAGCUGCUGGGCUUCUUCCGCAGCUCCUAUGUGCUCCACGGGGAGAGAAGAUUUCUUGGUGUUACCCAGUUUUCUCCUACUCAUGCCAGAAAAGCCUUUCCUUGCUUUGAUGAGCCCAUCUACAAGGCCACUUUCAAAAUCAGCAUCAAGCAUCAAGCAACCUAUUUAUCUUUGUCCAAUAUGCCAGUGGAAACUUCUGUUUUUGAAGAAGAUGGAUGGGUUACGGAUCACUUUUCGCAGACCCCUCUCAUGUCCACGUAUUACCUGGCCUGGGCAGUGUGCAACUUUACAUACCGGGAGACUACCACUAAGAAUGGGGUUGUAGUGCGAUUGUAUGCAAGACCUGAUGCAAUCAGAAGAGGAUCUGGGGACUAUGCACUAAAUAUUACAAGGAGACUCAUUGAGUUUUAUGAAGACUACUUUAAAGUGCCCUAUUCCCUACCAAAAUUAGAUCUGUUAGCUGUGCCUAAGCAUCCAUAUGCUGCUAUGGAGAACUGGGGACUAAGUGUUUUUGUGGAGCAAAGAAUACUGCUAGAUCCAAGCAUUUCUUCUAUAUCCUACUUACUGGAUGUCACCAUGGUUAUUGUACAUGAACUAUGCCACCAGUGGUUUGGUGACCUUGUGACUCCAGUAUGGUGGGAAGAUGUAUGGCUAAAAGAAGGUUUUGCUCACUAUUUUGAAUUUGUUGGGACAGACUACCUCUACCCAGGCUGGAAUAUGGAAAAGCAGAGAUUUCUGACAGAUGUCCUACAUGAAGUAAUGCUGCUCGACGGCUUGGCCAGUUCACAUCCAGUAUCACAGGAGGUGCAGCGAGCCACAGACAUUGACAGGGUGUUUGACUGGAUCGCCUACAAAAAGGGUGCAGCUUUAAUUCGAAUGUUGGCUAAUUUUAUGGGUCACUCUGUAUUUCAGAUGGGCUUACAAGACUAUUUGACAAUUCACAAGUAUGGCAAUGCAGCCAGAAAUGAUCUCUGGAAUACCCUGUCAGAGGCUCUAAAAAAGGUUGGAAAAUUUGUAAAUAUCCAAGAGGUAAUGGAUCAAUGGACGCUACAGAUGGGUUACCCCGUUAUCACCAUCAUGAGAAAUGAAACUGCAGACAAUAUCAUAGUAAUCUCCCAAGAGCACUUUAUUUAUGACAUUGAUGCUAAAACCACAGAUCCUGACCUUGGAAACAACAGCUACUUGUGGCAGAUUCCACUAACAAUUGCAGUAGGAAAUAUGAGCCACAUCUCUUCAGAGGCAAUUAUAUGGGUGUCUAACAAAUCAGAACAUCACAGAAUUGCUGCUUUAGACGAGACAAGCUGGUUGCUGGGGAACAUAAAUCAAACUGGCUAUUUUCGGGUUAACUAUGACGUAAGGAAUUGGAGGUUGUUAAUUGACCAACUAAUGAGGAACCAUGAGGUUAUCUCUGUCAGUAAUCGAGCAGGUUUGAUCGAUGAUGCAUUCAAUCUAGCCAGAGCUGGCUAUUUGCCUCAGAAUAUUCCUCUGGAGAUUAUCAGAUACCUUUCCGAGGAGAAGGAUUUUCUGCCUUGGCAUGCUGCCAGCCGAGCUCUUUAUCCUCUAGAUAAAUUGCUGGACCGCACUGAAAACUACAACAUUUUCAAUGAAUAUAUUUUAAAACAAGUUGCAACGAUGUACCUCAAACUUGGAUGGCCAACGAAUAAUUUAAAUAGAUCCCUUGUUCAAGCUGCCUACCAACAUGAAGAAUUACGUCGAGAAGUCAUCAUGCUGGCCUGCAGUUUUGGUAAUAAACACUGUCACCAACAGGCUGCAACGUUAAUCUCAGAUUGGAUUUCCAGCAAUAGAAACCGAAUCCCACUAAACGUCAGAGACGUCGUUUACUGUACAGGAGUUUCACUGAUGGAUGAAGAUGUAUGGGAGUUCAUUUGGAUGAAAUUCCAUUCUACCACAGCGGUAUCUGAGAAGAAAAUAUUAUUAGAAGCCUUAACUUGCAGUGAUGAUAGAAACUUGUUAAACAGGCUUCUGAACCUGUCUCUCAAUUCAGAAGUUGUCCUGGAUCAAGAUGCAAUUGAUGUCAUAAUCCACGUAGCUCGAAAUCCACAUGGCAGGGAUCUUGCUUGGAAGUUUUUCAGAGAAAAAUGGAAAAUACUAAAUGCCAGAUAUGGAGAAGCAUUAUUUAUGAAUUCCAAACUUAUCAGUGGAGUCACAGAAUUCCUUAAUACUGAAGAAGAACUAAAUGAGCUGAAGAAUUUUAUAAAGAGCUACAAAGAAGGAUCUGCCUCCUCUUUCUCUCGAGCUGUGGAAACAGUGGAAGCCAAUGUACGGUGGCAAAUGCUUUAUAAAGAAGAACUAUUCCAGUGGCUAAGAAAAUCCCUGACACACUAAUCUCUGUUUCUAACUAACCAUUUAAUGGGAAGUUGUGGAAGAGGAGGUGCAAUAUGUGAAAAUCUGAGAGCGUUUGACAUUGAAAUGGUGAAGACAAGAUCAGAAUUGCAGGGAGUUUUCUUGCACUGGGCUCUGAUUAAAACUGUAAAGGAACUCUUGCAAGAAGAGGUGGUCAUGAAUGCUUGUGAAAUCCAGUCCUCAGUGUACAUGACCAAACCUGAUAUUAAGUGGUGCAUGUAAAUGUUACCGUCAGUUUGAAAAAACUUCAAAGAGUAUUUUGUGCAUGGUUGUAUGGUCCCUGCCUGUAUUCUAGCAUGCUUACUUAUAAUGACCAAGUUUUGUAUGUGAAUUCCUGUUACAUCAAAGAUGGGCAUUAUGCAAAAGCACAAAGACUAUCUAUGACAAUCAGUGUUGCAAUGAACAGAAGUAAUGGAAAAAAGGAGAGGAAAGAUUGUAGGGCUCCAAACACAGGGGCGGCGUGAGAUGUAAAGUCAUCCUUACAUGAUAGAUGCCAAUCAUUUCAGCACUCAGAUUGUCUCUUAAUGAUUAUAGGGAUUCCAACUCAUUUUUGAGUUGCCAGUUGUUAUAUAUGCAGUCUCCCCAUUUCCGUAUUUAAAUCAAGUGUACAUACAUUGAGAGACACCACUCACCUAGUACACUGUAAUUUCAUAAACUAAUUAUAUUCACUGCAGAUCAGUGAAAAAAAAAAAUUUUAAAGCUCUAAUCAUAAAUGUAUACAAUGUUUAUGAUGAGAACUUUGCAUAGCUGCUUGGACAAAAUCCAUAAACCACCUCCUCUGAGUGAUUUUAUGAGGCAGUGGUAUUCUGGAUGUGCUACUCAAUCUGUGUAGUAAUUACACAGCUGCUAAUGCACAACUAUCAUAAAUACUCAUCAAACUGAAAUGGAUAUAGGCAAAAGUGGAGAAUAACCUGGAUCCGUGAACACAAAAUUAACCAAUAAAGCUAUCUUGGCACAUGGAAGGCCAGCCUCUGUGAUGAUCUAAUAUAAAAGACAAAUAACCUAGAUACUCCAUGAUUGUGUCAGCAUUUGAGUGAUAUUUUCAUUCAAAUACGCUCUUAUCAUUUUUGCCAACUCUUUUUUUAACGUUAAAUACGGAUAUAUAUUUGUAAUGGCUACUGUUAAGAAAACUCUUCUACUUCUAUUUCCCUUUUCCUGUGAUUCAUAUAAAGUAUUCCAGAAUUCUAAACAUGAAUACGAGUUUUUUUCCUCACAAUCCUACAAUUUACUGAAUUUGCUAGCGUUUAAUGACAUUCUGCACCAUUGGUGGCAUCUAUUGGGAAUGAAAACAGAUGUUCUCAUCUUAGGCCCAAAAAGUCUCCCAUGCUGUGCAGCGUGGAGAAGAGCAGAACCACAGAAAGAUCACAGGAAGUGGGUUGUGGUAGUUCAGAGGUGGGGAUAGACAUAGUAUUUCUGCCCCUGCCAUUUAACUGUUUCUGGCCCUUCUGCAACAUGAGAGGUCAGCUCUGUACAGCUGGGGAAACGUGGCCACCCAACGUCGGGAACACUUUACACAGCAGUUCAACUCACAAAGUGCAGCAUAGCAGUAGUAACUCAUCCUCAACCAGUUUUUCACAGAUGGGUCACAAGUGGGCACUGUGCGAGGAACCAGCCAAUAUCAGCAUAUUGAACUGGCAGACUGGAGUCGUUACAGUGGUGUAAGGGGAGAAGAGACUCUCUAAUAUAGCCUCUUUUUCCUGUGGAACUCUGAUCCUCAAGAGCUGAUCGCCACAUCCCCUGAGUAUCCUUCUCUACUACUAACUGUACUAACAUGAGUUAAUGCAGCAGAACAGCACCAGCCCAGGAGCAACAGAUCUCUACCCUCUCCUUCUGUGUCAAAUGUGACCUUACAAAAGAAGAGGGAGUCCUCUGCUCCUGAUAAGCCCUAUACAUUUUGUGUUGAAGUAUUAACGAGCUUCUGUUUUCCUCCCAGAGACAUUUUCAUGUCUGUAGAGUGAAAUACUCUGUAUGUAUCUUUUACCUACCUCACAGGGAUGUUGUGAGGCUUACUUAAUGUUAGUCUAGCACUUCAGUAUCCUCUGAGGGAAGGCACUUAAAAGUGCAAAGAGUUGUUGUUAUGUGGUUGGCCAGAUUGCCUCAACACCAGUAUGUAGCUGCACUUUUAAAAUUUGAUGACAAAAUACCAUGUAGAUCUGUCAUAUCAAAACAAAGCCAGAAUAUGCAUACCAGAGCCCUUGGCAAGUCGCCUCAAACCUUUGCUGGUCAAAGAGACCACAGGAAGCUAAAUGCUUAAACAUGGGCUUGGAAAUUUCAGUAAAAAGAUGUCCUUUUUUUGUUGUGCACAAUGAUCUGAAUAUCUCAGAUUGCAUUCUGCCAUCUCAUUGUUCACUUGGUUGUCACUACAGUUUGAACUUGGGACGUUUGGGACACAUGUAGAAGUUUCUGACCUUUCCAAUGAUAAUGGGCUAAUAUAAAGAACAGCCUGACACAUUACAGAGUAGCGAUUUGCUUUUAGUCAUGUGAAUUCCAGAGUGCAGAGCAGUUUUCAUUAUUGCAUUUUUAGAAAUAUAAUUCUAAUGGUUUUUAGUCUUUUCUAGUAAGUUACACUAAUGCUGGGUGCAAGUCUAACAUUUUAGUUGCUGUAUUUAAUAUUUUAGUGGUAUUGAGAGACUGGUCUACCACAAAUAUCAAGCCCUAGCUAUUUGUACUGUACAUACCAAUUGUUGUAUUGCAUAUAAUUAUUGUAUUAUAGUGAUGUCAUAUUACUGCUAGAGUUAAGGUCGAGUUGGCCCUUUCCAUUAUAAAUCCCUAAUGUUUAUUUUUUUAAUAUUUUGUAUUUUGCUGUUUUGCAUUGAA